GCCAAGUAUAACAAGAGUAAAAUGAUAACAUAAAUUCUUCCCUAACUCUAUAUUAAUCAUAUUUCAAUUUCAUAAACAUUUUAAAUAUCGAAUAGAGACAAUGGCGAAUUUAAACAAGUAUCUUACUUGAUUUUUGAAUUUCGUUCCUAGUUCUUUGUUAUUAUGUUACGGUGUAUUGGAACUAUAUUCACACAAAACCUUAAUUCCAUGCGCAUACAAACUGAAAAGUAAUUCAUGUAAAAUGCCAAAGUAAAAUUAAGUAAAAGUAAACUAGUACGUGUGUAAUUCAAAUAAAGCAAAUUGAAAUAAAUGUGUUUUAACAUAUACGUGUUUAAAUUAAUUUAAUUUAUCUCAAAUGUAUUUUGUACUGUGGUGCAAUAUAUGUUUGUACUUACAUGAAAUUAAUAUUAACUUUGUGUCUAUAUAUUGAAAAUGUGUAAUUACAAUAAACGUGCAUUUACAAGAAAAUUUCAUUGAUUUUACAUGAUUAUCUUGUCCAGCACGUUGUGUUUAAUACAUGUUUAAGUUACAAGAUAUCGAAUAAAUAUACUUAUUCCUUCAUAAGAUAUUAAAAAGUUGAAGAUUAUUCAUUGAUUUAAUGAUCACUCAAAACUCGAAAAAAUGUCAAAGAAAAUACCGCUUCGUUCCAAUGAAAUUCAACCAACAUUUAAAGGAUUUCUCGAAAAAUAUAAACAACGAACUGCUGUGUCCAGCACCCUGAAACCAAUAAACACAAAUUCAGAAUUAAAUGAAAGUUUAGACACAUUUGAUAACUCUGUACCUCAAAAUGAAGGAAAUAAUGUAGCAGACACAAGAACCAGUAUUAUAUCUAUUGAUAGUUCAGAAGAUUCGUUCUUAAAUGAUAAUAGCAAAACUCCUAUAAAAAUAUCUGAUAGCAAUGUCAUGAAUAAACAAGAAAAUUGUGUACAGAAGAAAUCAGUUUCAAGACUUAAACAACUAAAUGCAUUGCCAAAGAAGUUCAUUCAAUCCUCAGAUAGUGAAGAUGAUAUAAUAAAACCAUCUUUGAAUUUAAACAGAAAGAAUAGAAUCCUUAAUGAUAAUAAGCAUGAGUCUGAAACAGACCAAAAUUAUCCAAUCAUAAAAAAAGAACUUGAUACAUCUAAUGCAUCUUCAUUAGCUUCACCAAAAAAUGAGGUUUAUAAAGAUAUUAUAAAAGAAAACAAUGCAAUAAAAAGUGAUAUCUUAAGAACUCCGAAGAAACAUAUAAAAUCUGAAAAAAAAGAAGGUAUUAUAAUAUCGGAUUCUGACAGUAAUAGUCCACAAUUUAAAAGUGUUUACAAGAAAAGCCCUAGAAAGGAAUGGGUAGGACCAGAUUUUAAAUUAAAUUUAAAAUCUUUAGGCUUAGGUAAACAAUUAGAUCCAUGGAUUCAGUCUACAAAGGCAAAACCUAUAAUGUCUUCUGUACCUGUCACAAAGAAUAAAUUAGAGGAUAGGUAUAAGCAUUUAAAAGAUCUUCAGAUAGAAAUUCUUGAAAAAUUUUAUUUUGCAUUGGAUCAUAUUCCUUUGCCAGUUUUAGAAAAAUUUCCAAAUUUUGAUAUGCAAACAUUUCAAGAUUUAAAAAUGCUGCAUCAACACGUUAAAGCAAAAGUACGUUUGAUUGAGAAAAAGUUAGCGCACAUACAAACCGAUGAAAAUGUAAAAUCUGUCACUGAAAAGAUCUGUAAAAGUACAAAUAGUUUUAUGACACCUUCAUCAACAGAAGCUUUAAACCAACAAUCGAUAUUAAGUAUUUCAGAUAAUGAUAGUUUUAAUUCAUCUACUAUGAAUUUGAAUGAUUCAAAUUGUAUUAAUAAUAUGAUAAUAGAGAAUACGUCUCCAACAGUAAAAGAAUAUCAUUCACCCUUAGAAACAAACAGUAUAUCACAAAUAAAAGAGCAAAUAGAUAACAAUAGUGUACAUUCUUCACCUAUUCAAGGAAAAAAAAGAACAUUUCAAUUGAAGAGACCUAUUAAAGCAACUUUAGGUACGGAAGUUUCUAAACAGAUAGAAGAGAUAUGGGAGAAACAAGAAAAAUCGGAAAUAAUCAGUACUAAAAUACUAGUUUCUGAUACACCUACAAUUAAUAAUGCACAUAAACCAGCAAAAGUUGAUAGUAAUGAAAGCAUGCAUCCUAUACAAAAAAGUAAAGAAGAAAGUUAUCAGUCUAACGCGAAUCUGAAACAUGAAAAAUCUCAAAACAGUUGGAAUGAUGUGUUAGAUGUACAUGAUAAUACCUCAUAUUCUCAAGAGAUAGUGGACUGUUUAACUCAAGAAUUUGAACACUUCCCUACAUUGAGUAAAGAUUGUAAUAUAAAGUCGAAUUGGGAUUCCUCAGUAUUCGAUACAUCAGCAACACAAAACCAAAUGAUACAAAGCCAAUACAGUAACCAAACAAUACAAAAUCGAGCUAAUAUUAGUAAUAACAGAAUUGAAGAUAAUAAAGAAGAAAUACAAUCGACUGACAAGAAAAUUAAGGAGGCUGUUUUUACUGGGAAUUAUAAAAACGAUGGUGUUAGCGGUGAAUUUGAUAGUUUAAAUUAUCCACAUUCACGGGAAAUGUUAAAGGUAUUUAGACAAAAAUUUGGAUUAUAUUCGUUUAGGCCAAAUCAACUACAAGCAAUUAACGCCGCAAUUUUGGGGUUUGACUGUUUUGUUUUAAUGCCAACUGGAGGAGGAAAAUCCUUAUGUUAUCAAUUACCAGCACUGUUGUUACCUGGAGUAACAGUUGUAAUUUCUCCAUUGAAGAGUCUUAUUCUCGAUCAAGUUCAGAAGCUUACAUCCCUUGAUAUUCCAGCUGUACAUAUGUCUGGUACACAAACAGAUAUUCAAAUGGAAAGAAUAUAUCGAGAACUAGCAAAGAAAGAUCCAGCUCUUAAAUUAUUGUAUGUUACACCAGAAAAAAUAUCUGCAUCUCAAAAACUUUGUAGUUACUUAAGUACAUUGUAUAGCAGAGGAUUAUUAGCAAGAUUCGUCAUUGACGAAGCACAUUGUGUAAGUCAGUGGGGUCACGACUUUCGACCUGAUUACAAAAAAUUGAAAUGCCUUAGAGAAAAUUAUCCAAAAGUACCAGUAAUUGCUUUAACAGCAACAGCUACACCAAGAGUUAGAACUGAUAUUCUGCACCAAUUAGGCCUUAGCAAGCCAAAAUGGUUCAUGUCUAGUUUUAAUAGGCCUAAUUUAAGAUACAGCAUAAUUGCGAAGAAGGGAAAAAAUUGUUCCGAUGAAGUAAUAGCUAUGAUAAAAACAAAAUAUAAGUCUGAAUGCGGCAUUGUGUAUUGCUUAUCUCGUAAAGAUUGCGAUGAUUAUGCAAUGCAAAUGAAGAAGAAUGGCAUUCGAGCAUUAAGUUAUCAUGCUGGACUUACAGAUAACAGUAGAAGUGAUAUUCAGGGUCGAUGGAUUUCAGAAGAAAUUAAAGUCGUUUGUGCAACAAUAGCGUUUGGAAUGGGUAUUGACAAACCAAAUGUGCGCUUCGUAAUACACGCAGCACUUCCAAAAUCAAUUGAGGGUUAUUAUCAAGAAAGUGGACGCGCUGGCCGUGAUGGAGAAAAUGCAGACUGUAUUUUAUUCUACAAUUACGCUGAUAUGCAUAGAAUCAGAAAAAUGAUCGAAUUGGAUAAUUCAAGCCCCGAUGCAGUAAAAACUCACAUAGACAAUUUAUUUAAAAUGGUGUCAUUUUGUGAAAAUAAAAUGGAUUGUCGCAGGGCUCUACAAUUAAAUUAUUUUGGCGAAAUUUUUGAUCGACAACAAUGCAUGGCUAAUAAAUCAACUUCAUGUGACAAUUGUAGAAGUAAAGACGAUUUCACUACGUUAGAUGUAACAGAACAUGCAAAACAAAUUGUCAAAGCAGUACGUGAUAUUAACCAAAUGAGAAAUUGCAAUCUCACAUUAGUAUUUUUGACAGAUAUAUUUAAAGGAAGCGAUCUUAAGAAAAUUAGGGAAUCAGGACUUACUAAACAUCCUUUGUAUGGCUGUGGAAAAUCGUGGAACAGAGGUGAUAUAGAACGUUUGCUACAUUAUAUGGUAUUGAAAGAAUAUUUACAGGAGCAUAUGUACAUCAAUAAUGAAAUUGCUUGUGCCUAUAUUAAAGUUGGUUCCAAUGCAAAGGAACUAAUGACAAGAAAGGAUACAAAGGUUUUAAUCCCCAUAAGAUCCUCCAAUAAUAGCACUACUGCGGUGGCUACAGUAUCUACAGUUACGAAGAAAAUUGAUAAAGUUAUUUUGGAACUACAAGAACGCUGUUACAAGGAACUGAUGGAGAUAAUAAAAGGAAUUGCUGGAGCACUCGAUAUUUCUGCAUCUUCGGUAAUGAAUAUGAUAGCAGUCAGAUCAAUGAGUCAGAAGUUACCUGAUAGUGAAGAAGCUAUGUUAGAAAUACCGCACGUUACUAAAGCAAAUUUUGAAAAAUACGGGAAAGCUUUAUUAGACAUUACACAAAAAUACGCUGCAGAAAAAUAUGUAUUAUUAAAUGAGGAUGCGGAAGAGAGUAAUAAUGAUGACGACGACGACGACGAUGAUGGUACAUGGGAUACUGAUAUUGCUACAUAUUCAGGUAAAACUAACAGAACUGGUGGUAGAAAGCGGAAAGGUAAAACCAAUUAUCGAAGUGGUGCGAAGAAGUUCAAGCGAACGACAUCAAGCGUGAACAAAGCAAGAACUACAACGAAAGCAAAAGCAACAUCAACCAAAGGUCCUGGCCUAGUUAGUUUCACCCAACGGAAAGAAUUUCUUUCAAAUCCUAAUAGGUUCAUGCAAAUUGGUUAAUACUCCUUUUGUAUCAUAUCUUUGUGUUCAUAGGUGUGUCACAUAACAAUUAUGACUGUUUUUUUAUACUUCAAGAUACAAUGUAUUUAUAUUUAUAAAAAUUUGGUAUUAGUAUUAAGUAUUAUUUUUGUA